AUGGAUGUAGCCUCGGCUGUGCAGAACUAUGUCUCCAGGAUAGCCGGCGUCGGUGAGGGUGCUGCCUCGUCUCGAAACCAAAACCAAAAGCUCAAGAUACUCCUUCUGGACUCUGCCACCGUCUCCAUCGUCUCGACCGCCAUUACCCAGUCUGCCCUCUUAAAACAUGAUGUCUUUCUCGUCGAAAGGCUUGAGUCGUCCCGCGAGCGAAUGCGACACUUGCGAUGCCUAGUCUUUGUCCGGCCCUCACCUGACUCCAUUCAAUUUCUCAUCGAUGAACUCCGAGAUCCAAAGUAUGGCGAGUACCAACUGUACUUUUCCAACAUUAUAAAGAAGUCAACCCUCGAGAGACUUGCCGAAGCCGAUGAUCAUGAAGUUGUCAAGGCUGUCCAGGAAUAUUUUGCUGACUACAUCGUUGUCAAUCCCGACCUAAUGACCCUGAAUCUUGGCUUUCCCACCCAGCGCCUGUGGAGUCACAGUCCUGAUAUCUGGAAUACCGAUGCCCUACAGAGAACCACCGAGGGUGUCAUCGCUUUACUAUUGUCCCUGAAAAAGAACCCCUUGAUCCGCUACGAGAAGAACAGCUUGAUGGCUAAAAAGCUGGCUACGGAAGUCCGCUAUCACAUCACUCAAGAAGAACAAUUAUUUGAUUUCCGAAAGACUGACACUCCUCCCAUCCUCUUAAUUCUUGAUCGACGCGAUGAUCCCAUUACUCCUCUCCUCACUCAGUGGACCUAUCAAGCUCAGGUCCACGAACUGCUCGGUAUUCACAACGGCCGCGUAGACCUCUCUGUUGUGCCGGACAUCAGACCCGAAUUGAAAGAAAUUGUUCUCAGUCAGGACCAGGAUCCAUUCUUCAAGAAGAACAUGUACCAGAACUUUGGCGAUCUUGGCGGGAACAUCAAAGAUUACGUUGAUCAAUAUCAAUCUCGCACCAAGUCCACUGCCCAGAUCGAGAGCAUUGCUGACAUGAAACGUUUCGUCGAGGACUAUCCUGAGUUCCGCAAACUAUCGGGAAAUGUAUCCAAACAUGUCACCCUGGUUAGCGAACUGAGUCGUCGUGUAUCUGCCGAUCAAUUGCUGGAUGUCUCGGAGCUGGAACAGAGUCUGGUUUGCAACGAUAAUCACGCCAACGACCUGAAAACCUUGCAAAAACAUAUCCAAAACCCCUCCAUCCCUGCCGACAACAAAAUCAGACUCGUCACUCUAUAUGCCAUCCGCUAUGAACGCAACCAAAACAAUGCUCUGCCUGUUCUCCUCGAUCUUCUCACCACGGUCGCGGAUAUCAGUCCUAACAAGCUCUCCAUCAUCCCCAAAGUCCUUGCCUAUCAUCAUUCACUCCAACCCGCCCCAGUCGGAGGCGGUUUUAGCGAUCUCUUCGCUUUCGACGCUGUCAACUCUCCCUUCUCAAACUUCCGGAGAAACCUAAACUUGAAAGGUGUUGAAAAUGUCUAUACCCAACAUUCUCCACGAUUGGAAGCAACACUACAGAAUCUCAUCAAAGGCCGGCUGAAGGAAUUACAGUAUCCAUUCCUUGAAGGAAUGGGCCAUACACGAGACAAACCCCAAGAUAUUCUUAUUUUCAUGGUUGGCGGCGUUACCUACGAGGAGGCUCGCAUCGUUACACAGGUCAAUGCCUCAAUCCCUGGCGUCCGCGUAGUGCUGGGUGGCACCAAUGUGGUGAACUCGGAAAUAUUCCUGCAAGAAGUUGAUGACGCCGUGGGCUCUUGGCCAGAUCAAGCACCUGCUACUGCUCAAGGAAGGCUGGGUAAGGCUGUUGGAAGAUAA